CAAUACAAUGCACGACCAAAUAGGAAUCCUUUAGAGGAAACACUUAAGGCAUUUAUGGAGGCACAGACUAAGACUAACCAAAAGUUUGAUUCUAUUCUUACACAGGUGGUUGAAGAAAACAAGGAUAUCAAGAGUCAACUCACUAAGUUGACCAAUGCUCUUACUGUCCAAGAACGAGGUAAGAUUCCAUCUCAACCUCAAGCUAAUCCUAAAAAUUUACAUUUGGUGCAGGAAUCUACUUCUAAUUCGGAGAACAUUCAAGGGGUCAAUGCAAUCACUACUCGUACUGGUAAGGUGAUAGAGCCAUUGCAAAAAUCACCUAAAUUGAAGGAUGCUACUCCAAGUAGCCGUGAAGAUGACCUGUUGGAGGAACCUGAGAAGGAGGUCCCAAUUCAAGUUCCUUUCCCUCAAGCUCUUAAAACUGGAAAGAUUUCAAACAACCAAGGUACCAACUUAUGCCAAGGGGAUCAAGGAUCUAUGCACCAUAAAAAGGAAACACCAUGUCAAAAAAACUGCAUUCUUGACAGAGCAGGUAAGUGCGGUAAUUGAGCAAAAAACACCGCCAAAGUACAAAGAUCCAGGGUGCCCAACAAUUGCUUG